GUUUGGUUUAAUUCAUUGCAUCUCACUCUGUGCUGUCUUUCGUCAAGCCAUGUUAUCACAUUUUGUUCCUGUAGCCAAAGUGUUCUUUCGCUUUAACAAUGUGUCGCUUGUUUAACUACGUCGUGAACAUACGCCAUGCUGUUUGGCCAAUCAGAUCACAUGGUUCAAGGAAAGUCAAGAGAACUGUACGGAAGAGAAGUUUGGUUGCAAUAAAUUCAAUAAUUUAUCGUUAUCUUUAUUCUUUCAGUAUUUUUUAUCCUCAUACGGUCUAUGGUUAUUCUGCAUUGAAGAUGAAUAGUGUUGGAGAGGGCUGCACUGACCUAAAACGGGAAUAUGACCAGUGCUUUAACCGUUGGUUUGCUGAGAAAUUCUUGAAGGGAGAUCGAAGCGGUGAUCCCUGUACCGAAAUGUUCAAGAAAUAUCAGCAUUGUGUCCAGAAGGCCAUAAAAGAAAAGGACAUUCCCAUUGAUGGCGUAGAAUUCAUGGGCCCAAAUAAAGAGAAAGCUGACAGAUGAGGAGAUGGAGGAUCUCCCCAACAACAUUGCCUUGUGACUCACUGGCAUUGCUUACUGGGCAUGCAAUGGAACAUGCACAGGGUUUCCACCAAUUUAGCUUGGAUUGGGUUUUGUUUGAGGUCGCUGUCCCUCUAGUGUGGAGACUAAUGAGCAUUCAUAUGAAGGAUCCAAAGUGCUGAAUGACAAUUGGGAUUGGACUUUGUAUGUUGGGCAUUGAUUACAAGAGGAACCUAUAAAUCCAGACAUUUGGGUCAGACCAAUAAACAUCCAUGGUCACAAGAUGCAUGUAAUGUGGUGGUCACAUUAGAUAAUCAUUGUAAAGGACUAUGAUGCUUUGCAAAGGGAUUUUUUGUGUGAAUUCUUUUCAUUUCAGGAAUUGUCGAUGUCUAUUAGAGGGCCCUGGCUUAAUGUCCCUCACAAGACAACUGAAGAUGGCAUCAAUGUGGAUGCAUUAGGCUUGAAGAGAAAGGUCAUCAACAUCAUACAAGGACAUUCAUUUGGUUUACACUGUGCAAGAUUAUAAUUUUUGUGAGUCUCUCGUCGCCCCGUGUUUUUUUUUUUACUGGCAUUUAUUUAGUUCAGUGUGGUGUAAUGUUGUGAUUGACAUAUACAUUGACAAAGCAAUAAAUAUAAUAAUCAUGUUA